AUGGCCGAAAUCCGCCGAAAGCUCGUCAUCGUCGGCGACGGUGCCUGUGGUAAAACCUGCUUGUUGAUCGUAUUCUCCAAGGGCACUUUCCCCGAGGUUUACGUCCCCACCGUCUUCGAGAACUAUGUCGCCGAUGUCGAGGUCGAUGGCAAGCACGUCGAGCUAGCUCUUUGGGAUACCGCUGGUCAGGAGGAUUAUGACCGUCUUCGCCCUCUGUCCUACCCCGACUCCCACGUCAUCCUCAUUUGCUUCUCCAUCGACUCUCCCGACUCCCUCGACAACGUCCAGGAGAAGUGGAUUUCCGAGGUUCUGCACUUCUGCCAGGGCCUGCCCAUCAUCCUUGUUGGCUGCAAGAAGGAUCUCCGCUACGAUAACAAGACGAUUGAGGAGCUCCGCAAGACGAGCCAGAAGCCCGUGUCGCCUGAGGAGGGUGAGGAGGUUCGCAAGAAGAUCGGCGCCUACAAGUACCUCGAGUGCUCUGCCAAGACGAACGAGGGAGUCCGUGAGGUCUUCGAGCACGCCACUCGUGCCGCCCUCCUGUCGCGCAGCCGAGGCGGCAGCAAGAAGCACAAGUGCAACCUGCUCUAA